AUGGCCAACUACCUCACCGCGGAGACCCAAAGCUCUCAGGCGACGCUCACCGACGACCGAAUCUGUCCUGGCUGCAAGAAGUCGGUCGUGGACGAACAUGGAGGGGUCGUGGUCGCGUUCGGCCAAUCCUUCUUCCACGUCGACUGCUUCAAGUGCGCAAAGUGCGGCAAUCAAGUCACCGCAGACACCAACCUGCUGCUGCUCUCGGACGGCUCGCCGAUAUGCGCCAAUUGCUCCUACAGCUGCAAUGUCUGCAAAAUGCCCAUUCUCGACGAGGCCAUCAUGACCGGUGACGACUCCUACCACGCCCACUGCUUCAAAUGCAAGGUCUGCAAGAACAGGAUCGACGAGCUCGUCUUCGCCAAGACGAGUCGCGGAAUAUACUGCAUGACGUGUCACAGCGAUCGAGUGGAGAAGAGCAAGCAGGUAAGGCAGCAGCGCGAUCGCGAGCGGGCAGCGCAGGCGGCAGCGGCGAGCCAGGGUGCGAGUAGUAGGCAAGGAGACGCUCGAGGACCACCUGGACAGAAGGGCAGGGUGACGAACAUGGUGGCGAACGGCGGCGAGCGACCCGCAUCACAGGCGAACUCGAACGAAGCAUCUUCCCCGGACACGCAGUACGACGGUGGCAUGUCGCGAUCGAGUUCUAGUCGCGCCGCAGAGUCGGCGGAUGGCCAUGCGUCGAACCCGCCAUCUGCCGGAGCAGUGAAGCGAGGGUCGUUGCUGUCUCAACUCAUCGCUCCGGAAGCACAACAUCGACAACAAGAGCAAGCCAUGGGAUCACCACAGGGCGUUUUUCUCACAUCGCCUGGAACCAACGGAGGGUCUUCUGUUCCUAUGUCAAAACGACGCUCAGGCAUGUUUAUCGGUCUCCCGUCCUCUCCUUCCGUGAAACGUGGCGACGUGGGCACUCGGGGCAGCUCUACGUCCAACUCGCCCGUCGACCACCUGCGGUCCGCGACAUCGCCGACGAACAUGCUUGGGGUUCCAGGCGACGUGGACGAAAAGGCGAGGAAAAGGAGGAGCUUCGACCCCAGCUCGCGGCCACUCGAUGCUCUUCGGCAAGUCGCCAGCAACGCGUCUCUGAACACCUCCAGCAAAGCCUCGCCCACAGACUACUCCCGUUCGUUGUCGAGUGGGACCGCCACGCCGUCUGCGAAUGGCAGCGCCCGCGGCGGGGCCGAAUCCCCACAUCCCAGCUCUCCUCUCCGCGACUACUUCAGCACGUACUACGGCGAGUCGCCCCAACCUAACCCCGCCGACCAACACGAGUCCCCUAUCUCACCCGCGCGGCAGCGCGAGAAGAGCGGCGACGGUGCGCUGGGAGGCCGGACACGCUCCGCGUCUUCUAGCGCCUACGAGCCACCGUCACGGCAACCACGUCCAACGCUGAACCUCGACCGGAUACCGUCGGGGUCUCAUUCGCCCGGUAUCCCAUCAUCGUUCGAGGCGCUUGAGGCGGAGUCGCCGUCCAACUUUGGUUGGGACCGGGGCCCGGUCCGCAACGUGGAGCAGCGCCGACCGCCGAAUCUGGAGCUCAACGGGGACAGUAACUUCCAGUCGCUGGGCAGCCCUAAUCAUGUGUUGGCGGGAGUCGACUUUGAGCUGCCACGGCCAAGACGAAGCGGAAGCCCUGUGCUGCCGUCUCCAUCACACAUUGUCGACGUCCCGAGAGGGAUCGAGAGCGGAACUGACACUGAGGCGGAGUCGUCGGACGACCAGCAGGAGCGGCCACCGUCGUUACCACCCAAAGAGCCGGGACGAAUGUUCAAACAGCGGCCAAACGAUCUUCGCGUCGACGUCGGACGCUCUCUCAGCCCGCAUACGGGCGAAAGUGAGGGCUCGCCCGAGUCUUCGCCGAUCGAGCGCACGCAAAUGACCACGUUUAUCACGCCCGCGCUGCCCCCCAUCCGCAUCUCGAUGGGCGGCGCCGACUUUGCGGACUUUAUCAAGACGAUGAACACCCCCGAGCGGAACGCCUUCGAGCGCGAGCACGGCUCGAAGCUCCACCUCGACCUCAGUUUGACGUCUCCCGACACCGGCCCGCUGACGCCCAAGAGCGACAUCACCAUCCUUGGCUCUGGCGGCCUGCACGACGACAAGACCCCGAUGAAGAACGGCAAGAGCAACGGCAACGGGCGCGCUGUGGAACGACCGGGUUCAAUAAGCCCAUCGUCCUCGUCUGGCCACGGUCACCCUGACGGCGGACGGCGUCCCCGCGACCGCGAGCCGUCCGACAACGGGAUGGCACGAAUCACCGUCACGGCGCCGACGGACGGGGUGGAAACGCUCCGGCGCCGGCUCCAGGACAUGGUGGCUGCGGCGGGCGGCGGGCGUAUCAGCCUCGACGUCGCGCUCGUCCAGGCGGUAAUUGCAAUGCUGGAUCAGCAGCAGAGCGAGUACAGCGACCUCAGGCGCAGCUUGGAUGGCGUGAAGCGGACGAGCAAGCAGUACAUCGACGGUCUCACCGUCGCACAGACUGAGUACGACCGCGAGCUCAAGGCGCGUCGCGAUGCGGAGGCGGAGGUCACGCGUCUCCGUGUGCUGCUCUCCGGGCAGGCAGUGCGGCUGACCGCGAUCACGGGCGAAUCGAAGCGGCAGGAGGCGCAGAAGCAGCUGGUGCGCGAGCUCAGCCAGAAGAUGAGCACGCUCGAGCGCGACCUGUCCAAGCUCCAGGUCGAGCGAGACAUGACCCUUGCCGAGGUCGAGCAGCUCUCGGCGUCGAAGAGCUCCCCCACACUGGCCGACGGCGAAGAGGGCGGCGCCUCCCUCACCCGCGGCCUCUCGAUGCGGUUCGACAACAUCAAGAACCAGUACCAGCACGAGCUCAUCCCGCUCACGGAGCAGCGCGAAGCCCUUUUACGCGAGGUCGGUGAACUCAAAGCGUCCCGUGACGCGUUCCUCGAGGAGACCACCGUGCUCAACAAGCGCAACGAAGAGCUCGCACAGCUCAACGCGCAGUACCAGCGCAAGCUUGAAACCGCCCCCGUCGUCAAGGAGGAGCCCGCGCCUACAGGCGUCACCGUCUUCCAGGAGCGCCAGAACACGUCGUUUGACCGCGCACGCUCACCCCCCAUGCUCAACAGCUCAUUGUCGUCGACGACCCUUGCGCUCUCGGACGAGAGCUCGGUCGAGCCCUCCAAGAUCAUCAAGAUCUCCCGCGCGGACAUGCAGGACAUGCCCGCGCAGGCGGUCAAGCCGCGUUUCAAGUGGCCCGGCUCUCGCGCCCCCAAGGAGAACAUCGCGUUCCCGAACGGGGUCACCGAGAAGAAGUGGCGAACGGAGCACGUGUUUCAGCAGAUCAGCGUGCUGAGGGUGGCCCGCUGCGACCACUGCGGGGACAAGAUGUGGGGCUCGCAGUUCAAGUGCAACAACUGCAGCAUUGCGGUGCACACGCGGUGCAUCCACAACGUGAACCUGGCAUGCUCACAACAGAUGACGCUCCGGGACGAGGGACACGCGCCAAUGGCUCCACUCCCACCCUCUAUGUUUGGACGGGACCUUGUCGAGCAGGUGCGCGCCGAUGGGCGCGACGACACGACGUGCGUGCCGGUCAUCGUCGAGAAGUGCAUCGACGCCGUGGAUGCGAUCGCGCUCGAGUACGAGGGCAUCUACCGCAAGACGGGCGGCUCCGGGCAGUCGAAGAUGAUCACACAACUGUUCGAGCGCGGCGACUACGACUCGUUCGACCUCCGGGACCAAGACCGCUUCAACGACAUUUGCUCCGUGACCUCGGUGCUCAAGACGUAUUUCCGAUCGCUGCCGAACCCGCUGCUCACGUCGGAGCUGCACGACAAGUUCGUCAUCUCAGCGACGAUCCGCGAGCCGAACAUGAAACUGCAGACGUUCAACGAUCUCGUGCACCAGCUCCCGACCGAGCACUAUUACACGCUCAAGGCGCUGAUGCUUCACCUCCACCGGGUAUGUGAACUAUCUGAAACUAACCUUAUGCAUGCGCGCAACCUGGGUGUCGUCUUUGGACCGACGCUCAUGCGCUCACCAGACCCCGGCGCCGAGUUCAGCGAUAUGGCCGGCAAGGCGCUGUGCAUUGAGUGGCUGGUUGAGAAUGCGCCUCUCAUCUUCGCCACGUCAUCGUCAUGA